CCCGACGAGCCGCUCGGAGGAGCUCGCAGUCCAGUUGAAGGCACAGGUUGGAUCAGCAUUCCCCCAUCCCUCCUCUUGGACAAUAUGGUAGCUUGGAGUGGAGGCGCCUUGUGGCCGGGGCCUGCAACCGGAGGCCGACGGGGACCGACUGAGUGAGAGAAGGAAGGAGAAGCUUUGGAGACUCCGCUACCUCAGUAGCUACUUGAGGACUCCCGAAGGUUUUGCACGCUUGCACCUCUUGAACAAAGAUUGCUUACCGACGAAAAGGUUUAUGCAGAUCGCCCCUUCCCCGUCGUUUUUGUUUUAAUCGUGUACACCACAUUAUAGUUAACGUGACAAGAGUUCGUGAUCGUACACAAACCGGCACCAGACUUUCAUUUUCACAGUCGCUCUUUUACACUGCCUUUAAACGUCAGCUAAUAGAAGACUCUUGUUUGCGACACGUCCUAACUGGUUGCAAAGCAACGUUUGAGUUUUUUCUUGGGGAGAGAAGAAGAAAACAAAGCAUCUCAUAAUUCAAAAUUAACUGCAGUUCUGAGUAAUUUGAAAGGAAAUUGUGAGCCAUAAUUCUCCUUGCAAUGUCUUUUCAUAUUACGUUAUCAUCGAAAGUCACGGAGUUUGGCGCAUAAAAUGUAAAAGUAAUUUUAUGAGCAUUGCUUUUAGCGUUUCUAAACAAUUUUAAACUGGUUUAAACCUCUGCAGUAUUACGCAAUUAAAAAAAAAAAUCAAAUUCAAAUCAGAUUCUGAAUGAUGGGGAAAAUGAAAAGUGUUUAAAUGCAAUUAUGCUUUGAAGCCAGAGUAUGCAAAUAUUGGAAAAGACUUGUCAGAACAUAUUGCAGCGGAGUUAAUUACCUUGCGUUUAAUUAUAUGGAACUGACCUUGGUUUGAAAUAAAAGUAAUAAUUGCUGGAAAAUAUCAGUAUAUCUGAAUAGGUGUUUGUUAUAUCUUCCUUGAUUUUACAAAUAACUGGAACAACAUCAGUAGGAUGCAAGUUAUCUUUUAUUGAAGAUGUGGAAAGAUUUGUAUGAAAAGGCAUUUACAUGUAUUUUGUGAAACAGAUAUCACAGAUUUUUAUUUGAGGAAAGAUAGGAGCCACCCGUGUUUGAAACUUUGGUUGAUAAAAGAUUUUACAAAAGAUGGCUGAAGAACCAACGCAGGCUGAGAUUGAUCCUGACUUUGAACCAAAAAGUCGUCCUAGAUCCUGCACCUGGCCUCUACCAAGACCAGAAUUGACAACUGUGAAGCAGGAGGAUUCUGCUACAGGUACUCCCACUGAAGAAGAAAAGCAGGAUGUGUCUGAUGCAAGUGCUAUAAAAUCAGAGAGUGAAGUUGGUCUGAAUGCAGAGGCUGGUUUGCAAAGUGGUGCAGCAAAUGCUCAGCGGAAGAGUUCCUCGAGAAGAAAUGCAUGGGGCCAUCAAUCAUAUGCAGACCUAAUUACCAAAGCUAUUGAGAGCUCUCCUGGCAAGAGGUUGACACUGUCUCAGAUCUAUGAUUGGAUGGUCAAAUCUGUGCCUUACUUCAAGGACAAAGGCGACAGCAACAGUUCAGCUGGGUGGAAGAAUUCCAUUCGACACAAUCUUUCUCUGCACAGCAAAUUCAUCCGAGUCCACAAUGAAGCUACCGGGAAGAGCUCGUGGUGGAUACUCAAUCCUGAAGGUGGCAAAAGUGGAAAAUCGCCCAGACGAAGAGCAGCGUCGAUGGACAAUAAUAGCAAGCUUGUCAAGAGCAAAGGAAGAGCUGCCCGGAAAAAGGCUGCCCUUCAAGCAGCUCAGGAGGGAAAUGCUGAUAGUCCAAGUUCACAAAUUUCCAAAUGGCCCGGCAGUCCUUCCUCGCGCAACAAUGAGGAUUCUGAGACUUGGACCAGUUUUAGACCAAGAACAAGCUCUAAUGCCAGUACGUUAAGUACUGGACAUUUGUCCCCCAUAAUGCCAGAACAGGAGGACGUGGAAGAUGAACUUCAUUCUGCACUUGUCUAUCCCAGCUCUUCGAGCAAGCUGCCAUCAACGCUCACUGAAAAUAUAAUUGAAGAACUUGAACUCAUUGAUAGUUUAAACCUCAUGUCAGCAUCAGCUGCAUUGUUGCCAACUCCACAAUCAUUAUCCACUGGAUUGAUGCAACAAGGCUCAACCUAUGCAUUUAGAUCACAAAAUUCUGUCUCUGGAUCAAAGGCUUCCACCUAUGGAAACUCUUUCUAUGAUCCAUCAGAACUGACAUCUGUGCAAAGCCACUUUAGUGUACCCGCAACUCUUGAAGCUCUCCUGACUUCUGAUUCACCGACUCAUACUGAUGUGAUGAUGAGCCAAGUUGACCCUGUAAUGCCACAGACAGGAGGUCGACUAACCAGUGAAAAUUUGAUGCUGUUGAACAUCGGGUCUCUCAGCAGUCCAUCUGCAGAGUCGAAAGGUAAUCAGCCCAGCCAACAAGAAAAAUCUGCAGGAUCACCAGCCACUUCUAUUAAUGCUAAUACUUUACCUCAUACGUUGAGUAUGUUGGGACCACCAUCUGAUGCAAACCACAUGCCCACUUUGAAGGCUCAGCUCCAGUGCCCACUAAGCCAGGCUUUGCAAAUUGGUUUGCCGUCCACUGUCAACUCGAACAGCAACUCUUCAGGAGGAGUUAAUAUGAAUCAUGAGAAUUUCCCACGAGAUCUUGAUUUGGAUAUGUUCAUGGAAAGUCUUGACUGCGAUGUGGAUUACAUAAUUGAUCAUGACCUCAUGGACGAUGAAGGACUUGAUUUCAACUUGGAUCCGAUUGCCACUAACCCAUCUUAUCCCAGCACUUCACAGUCAUCUUCUCGUAGCUGGGUGCCAAGUUAAUUUCCAAUGAAUGUGUUGCUGCAGGUUUGUUGUUUGUCAGCUGUGGCAGUCAGCUCCCCUCACAAAGAAGUUUUAUUCAAAACUCAUCCAGGAGUCGAGCAUCUGUUCCUGUUUGGCAAUAUUCUGACAAAAUCGUCGAGGAAGACAUUUUCUUUCUUGC